AUGGCUUUCAACCCGAGAAAGGUACCAAUGUCAAGUUCAAAAGCCAUAGUUAAUGCAACCUCAUGGUGCUGUGCAUUUCUUCUGGUGCUCUUCAUAUUGCUAUGCAUAUUCAGGGACAGUUCUCAGCUUCUGCUUCAGGAUCAAGGUAGCUUCAGAGGCAGCAAGGUCUUGUCUCAACCUUGUAACGAAAUAUAUGUGGUUGGAGAAGGAGAGACACUUCACACGAUCAGUGACAAGUGUGGUGACCCCUUUAUAGUGGAAAGGAACCCUCAUAUCCAUGACCCUGAUGAUGUUUUCCCAGGCCUUGUUAUCAAGAUCACGCCUUCACAACAUAGCUAUAAUUUUUAG